AUGGCUGACGCAGAUUACACCACGCUGCAGAAAUUAUUGUCGGAGUUUUUUAAUAACAAAUACGAUGUCACCGACCUAAUGGAAAGUUUGACGCCCUCAUGUUCCGAAAUGUUCGUGCGUUGCAAGAUUGAGGACACCUACAAGAGCUGUUCGGAACUGUUUGUACUCACCAAAACUACUAGUGGCUUCUGCUGCACCUUCAAUUAUCGAGGACGUCCCGAGGACAGAGCAAAGUCCGACAAUCGAACGAGUAUGCCAGAAACUUACAUCGUUAGGAACGUAGGCAGGCAAUCUGGUUUAUCCGUUUCGAUAAGACCGAAUUACGAUGAUUAUGCUUAUACUAUGUUGCCCAUCGUUGGCUGGAAGGUGAUGAUAUUUAAUUCGGCCAGUUAUCCUGAUCCAUACAGUGGUGGUGUUUUCGAAGUCCUAGUUAGUCCAUUGACACGGCAUAACGUAGAAUUAUAUAGUGUCGUAAUGGAAAGCACGGACACUAUACGAGCGUAUCCAAUCGAAAAGCGUGGAUGUAUUUUUAGUGACGAGCAAAGUACUUUUGACGACUCUUACAGUUACAGCGAAUGCAGAAAUAUGGAUCUUAUACCAAAUCACGAUAAAGAAAUACUCAAGUUAAUUCCCAGCGGUGCGUCAACAUUGAAGUGCAAUUGUUAUCCCGAAUGUAACGACGUAUCCUACAUGCUGACAACCAGCGCACACUCCAUACCACGUGGUUACACCGAGACGCCAUUACUCCCUGGAAUAAACGUGACGGAUGAAAGUGUUCUGAAUGUGUACUUCUCGGAAAUGGAAAGCCUAUAUAUGAAGCAGGACGAAACAUACCGUUGGUACGAAUACAUAAGUGACGCAGGUGGAUUAUGCGGUUUGAUUAUCGGAUUCAGUAUGGUCAGCGUCAUGGAAAUUAUUUAUUUCCUCCUUCUGUUUAUUUUCGAACUUUGCUCUGCAUAUAUUGCCUUGUACACGUUCACACUGCUGUUGCAGCAAACUUCAGCAGCAAAUAUUGCACAGUAG